AUGGUCACGACCAGCAGCGGAGGGGGUGGUGGAUACCCCGUCAAUAAUGGUGUUACACAGGUGUCACUGAUUCACUCGUCCGAUUCUGUCCGCACCGUUUCCACCGCUCCAAUCUACCGUCCGACUUCUUCAAUGUCUACAGCGAUCAAAAAGUCUUCGCACACGACAAUGACGGCUCCGUUCAUUUCCGCAAACCCACGAUGUCACGUUGAUUCGUUGGACCAGAAGUCAGUUAUGAAACACGAUGUGACAAACAUCGCAUCCCGACCGCCGUGA